ACGACGACCAUGUCGCCGAAGUUGGUUUUCAUCUUAGCGUCCUUUGCUCUCCUGCUAGGAGCGGUAACGGCGCAGGAUGACGACGGCUCCGAUGGGCUGGAAGCAAAUGCCGAAGAGCUCUGCCAAGACCGGCCGGGUGACGAGUACUUCCGGUUGAACACGGAAGGUGACUGCCGCGACGUUGUGAGGUGCGACAAAGCCACCGAGAUCGGAGUGACGCGGCUCGCGACCGUAAGGUGUCCGACCGGUCUCGCCUUCGACAUCGAACGGCAGACCUGCGACUGGAAGACCAACGUGAAGAACUGCGACCAGCUCGAGAAGCCCCGCAAGGUCCUCCCGAUCCUGAAGACCGACGAGCCGGUGUGCCCGGAGGGCAAGCUCUCCUGCGGUAACGGGGAGUGCGUAGACAAGGAGCUCUUCUGCAACGGCAAGCCCGACUGCAAGGACGAGUCCGACGAGAAUGCCUGCACUGUAGAGACCGACCCCAACCGGGCACCGGAUUGCGACCCGACCCAGUGCGUGUUGCCUGAUUGCUACUGCUCAGCGGACGGCACCAGGAUCCCUGGAAACAUCGAGCCUAGUCAGGUUCCCCAGAUGAUAACGAUUACCUUCAAUGGCGCCGUAAACGUGGACAACAUCGACCUGUACGAGGAGGUCUUCAACGGUCAGCGGCAGAACCCGAACGGCUGCCAAAUCAGAGGCACGUUCUUCGUGUCCCACAAGUACACCAACUACUCGGCGGUCCAGGACCUGCACCGCAAGGGCCACGAGAUCUCGGUCUUCUCCCUGACUCACAAGGACGACCCUCAGUACUGGACCCAGGGAACGUACGACGACUGGCUGGCAGAGAUGGCAGGAGCUAGGCUGAUCAUCGAGCGGUUCGCCAACAUCACCGAUGGGUCCAUCAUCGGGAUGCGAGCUCCGUACCUCAGGGUGGGCGGCAACAAGCAGUUCGAGAUGAUGGCCGACCAGUUCUUCGUCUACGACGCCUCCAUCACGGCAUCCCUGGGACGAGUUCCGAUCUGGCCUUACACCCUGUAUUUCAGAAUGCCUCAUAAGUGCAACGGAAACGGCGGCAACUGCCCAUCCAGGUCUCACCCGGUCUGGGAGAUGGUGAUGAACGAGUUGGACCGGAGAGACGAUCCCACGUUUGAUGAGUCCUUACCUGGCUGCCACAUGGUGGACUCCUGCUCCAACGUCCAGACCGGAGAACAAUUCGCCAGGCUCCUCAGGCACAAUUUCAAUAGGCACUACACCAGCAACAGGGCGCCCCUGGGUCUUCAUUUCCACGCCUCUUGGCUGAAGAGCAAGAAGGAGUACAAGGAGGAGCUCAUUAAGUUCAUCGAGGAGAUGCUGGCCAGGAGCGACGUCUACUUCGUCACGAUGGUCCAGGUCAUAAAAUGGAUGCAGACGCCGACGGAGUUGUCCGCGCUGAGGGAUUUCCAGGACUGGAAGGAGACUUGCGACGAGAAGGGACAGCCCUACUGUUCUCUGCCGAAUGCGUGUCCUUUGACUACCCGAGAGCUUCCUGGAGAGACUCUGCGCCUCUUCACGUGUAUGGAGUGCCCCAACAAUUACCCCUGGCUGUUGGACCCCACCGGGGAUGGGUUCUCUGUCAGGAAGUAGAGUCAAAAUGACUCUAUCGAGGGCGUCCCUCUUCGUUUCUCCUCUUGCCAACCGAGUCUGACGUCCCUUGGUACAAGAAAUGAUCCCGGGUGCCACCCGACGCGAGAUACCCUGGGAAGAUCACCCUCGGGUAUCCAGCUCUCCGGGACUAAGUACGGGGGAGAAGAGUAUGCCGAAGACUUCACUUGUACAUAAACACUUCCCUCCUCUUUGAAACGACCCCCCUUCGUCUCCUGCUUUCCCCCGGCGGUCUCGGUGACGCCUUUUCGACGCAGACUUAAAUUCUACAUGUCGAAAACAAAUUCCCGCGACAUUCUCUACUAGCGGUUAAGACGCGCGU